GAGCGGGGCAAGGAGCGGACCGGGCAUGGCGCUGCCUCCGCCGCCCUCCUGAGCGGGGCCAUCGGCUCCGACCCCGGCACCGACCCCCGGCACCGACCCCCAGCUCGGCAUCGCCCGGGCAAUGGCAAACCUCACGAUCCCUCCAGACUGGACCAGAGUCACCAACAGCUCCUUGGACCCGGGUGGCACAGACGACAACCCCUACAAGUGCAUAUUUGAUGAGGACUUCAAGUACAUCCUGCUGCCCGUGUCCUACGGCAUCGUGUGCGUGGUGGGGCUCUUCCUCAACCUGCUGGCCCUCUACGCCUUCAUCUUCAGGAUCAAGACCUGGAACGCCUCCACCACCUACAUGUUCAACCUGGCCAUCUCGGACACGCUCUACGUGGUGUCGCUGCCCCUCCUGGUGUACUACUACGCCAUGGGGGACAACUGGCCCUUCAGCGUGGGCCUGUGUAAGAUAGUCCGCUUCCUGUUCUACACCAACCUCUACUGCAGCAUCCUCUUCCUGCUCUGCAUCAGCGUCCACCGCUUCCUGGGCAUCUGCUUCCCGCUGCGCUCGCUGCAGUGGGGGCACGUCCGGCACGCCCGGCGCGUGUCGGUGGCCGUGUGGGCGGUGACCGUGGCCUGCCAGUCGCCCGUGCUCUUCUUCGUCACCACCAGCGCCAAGGGCGACACCAUCACCUGCCACGACACCUCCAGCAAGGAGCUCUUCGGCCAGUUCGUCAUCUACAGCUCGGUGAUGCUGGUGCUGCUCUUCUGCAUCCCCUUCCUCGCCAUCAUCGUGUGCUACUGCCUGAUGGCGCGGCGGCUGCUCCAGCCCACGCGCGGCAUCUCCCGCCUCUCCCGCUCCAAGAAGAAGUCGGUCAAGAUGAUCAUCAUCGUCCUGGUGGUCUUCAUCGUCUGCUUCCUCCCUUUCCACGUCACUCGGACCCUGUACUACUCCUUCCGGAGCUGGGACCUGAGCUGCCAGACCCUCAACGCCAUCAACCUGGCCUACAAGGUGACCCGGCCCCUGGCCAGCACCAACAGCUGCCUGGACCCCAUCCUGUACUUCUUGGCGGGGCAGCGCUUCAUGAAGUUCAGGGGGAACAACGUGCUGGGGAAGCCCCACAAUGAGGUGGCGCUGGGCAUCGUGCCCAACAGCCACCUGGGAACCACCAACGACACGGACACGUUAUCCAAGGAUCUGAAAUCCUAGAAAGCCUGGCUCUGCUCUGGCAGCAGGAGGGUUUAUCCCGGGGGUGGAGGGAGCUCAGGAUGCUCUGGGGCCUGAGGCUUUGGGUGUUUGCGGUGCCUGACCGAGCACCUGCUCCAGUGUGGACUGCAUUCGAUGUGCUCCUCUGCUUGUUGCUGUUCCAAAUGUAUGUUUUUUGGGAAGAUGAAGCUGUGGUUCCACACACAAACCCUGGAUCUCUGCCCCUUCAUCCAAACCUGCCCCUCUGUUGAGGCAUCUCCCCGCCCGUGAGGCUGGGUGACUGAAUCUGCUAAAAAAAAAUCAUGCCCUGAAUACCUUAAAGCAUUUCUUCUAAAGCAAAAACGCUGUGUGGGAAAGGUCCCCCCGAGGAAUUCCACCUGCCUGUCUCCAGAUCUCCUGGCACAGAGGCAGUAGGAGUUCCUCUGUGCCUUGGCAAGGGAGGAAGGGCUUUGGGUCCAUGAAGAGCUGUGGUUCUGCUAAACAGGUUCACGAAAAUGUCAGGUGCAAAUAUCACCGGGAGCGGGAAAGGGUCUCCCAGGGCUUUGCAUCCCUGAAGAAAUGCUCUCCCGGCUUCAAGCCCAGGCACCUGCUGGCAGAGCUGGGAGGGGACUCCUUGUUUCUGUCCAAGGGCUGGCUUCCCAUGAACAAGGGUGCUGAUGGACCUUCCACCCCACUGGAGUUCACUGGCACCGUCAAGCAGAUCCCCUGUAGGUUUCUCCAGUGGGACCAACAUCUUCCAAAAAACCCAUUAGCGCUUCCCAACAGCAAUGUUCGUCCUUUAAAAGCUUUUAGGAACCUUUCGGACCUUCCUUCCAGCUGCUGGCUUUAAUAAUCAUCUCCAGCUCAUUAAAAUUUAAGGUGGGCUCUUCAUGGCUUGCUUUUAACCCCCUCACUGGUGGCUCGUGUUUCCAGCCAAGGGGCAAAGCCCAGUGUUCAUCCCCUUGGUGCUGCCACAUCCUCAUUGCUGCUCAGAGGUGACCUUUAGCAGCUUGGCAUGACCCAAAAUGCUGCCCAGAUGCUGCUGUCUGGUCUCCCCAUAAUCCCAGUAUUCCCAGUGCUCCACUGGAACCGGUCAGCAUAUCCCUUACAGACAAGGCAGACCUUCCCUGG